AUACCUCUCCAGAACCUAUGGCGGGAAGCAUUGGGAGGGGGGGCAGCCGCGGUGACGAUUGGCCGUCCGCACAGUCACAAUUUGGAGCAGGCGGGGGGCUCACAGGGGCAGGUCCGUCGGCAGGAUCUAUCUAUCUAUUUAAUUAAAGGAUGAUAAUGCCGUGUGCUUUCAGGAUGGGACGUGAUAAAGUUGUAGUGGUGAUGCUCACGCGUCUCGCAGCCAUGCGUCGUUGUUAGUGGAGUGGUCAACACUUCGGCUGUUUUAUAGGGGCCGCUGGACUGGGCUACGGCGCAAGUAGAGAGAGAGAGGGGGGGGGGUGGACGUGAACCGGGAUCCAGGCCUAGUAGUAUUGCCGCCGGGAUUCUCCGCAUCCGCUUUCAAAAAAUGGGGAAUUAUCCCAUUUAAAUGCAGAAAUGGAUUGUUUAACAGUGGCUUUUGCGGUGGGUGUUCAUGGAAUGGUAAGAUUCUCGCGGCAGAUCGGUGUCACCGGUGUCUGAUCCGUGAUUUUGUUUAAUGACCGUACGUCCGUCGGAGGGAAGCGUGUGUGUGGGUGUGUGUGUUUGUGUGUGCGCGCACGUCAGUGUGUAUGUGCAGAUGAACUCGGCGGGUGUCAUUCAUGCAUGUCCGUGCUAUGUUGUGUCCUGUUCGCGGCGGCGGAUGACAUGUAGCCCAAGAUUGGUGGACGGGCGCCGACAUGACAUGCCAUUUUGAUCUGGAUCCCAAUAACAGACGAGCGGGUUUAGGUUCAUCCGUUGCAUAUCGAGUUAACCCUUCGCUGUCGAUGGCCAGGUUUGGCGUGUUAGCAGAGUGUGUAUGUAACGUUGUUGCAUGACGUGACGCACUGGCCAUAUGCACACCGGACGACUCCAUUCCCCCUUCCGGGCGGCGUUGCUGUGCAGACGGGUUGCGAGUUGACUGCCGUGAGGAAGAAGCAAGGAUAGAAGGAUGACAGGGCCAUGUGCGUUGCCUUGGAGACAGGCCCAACAUUCCAGCUGCCCUUUGACCUCUGGCUGAGUCUCCCGCCCCUUCUUCCAGGCUGCUCUUCACGUCAUGGCUGCGGUCUGACCAUGUCAGCCAGCGGGUCCUCCUUCCAGCACCCGUCGCUCUACGGGCUCACCAAAACUCCCAACUCCCCCCACUUGUCGCCUUUGCCGCCCUCCUCCUCCUCCACCUCCUCGUACAGCUCGUUGCGUCGGCUGCAGAGACUGACCACCACCGCCGCCGCCGCCGCCACCAGCAGCAGACCCCAGCCAGCCCGGUCUGGGAGGGUCCCGGGGGGCCAGAGGCAGGGAUGCGCCGAGUGGGAGUGGGAAGGAAGGGGCGGCGGCGAGAAGGAGAGCCACCGAGAGAACGCCGUCGAGGGGGACGGUUCGAGCAGGGAGAACGGCAGCGUGGGGGAUGACCCUCUCGCUCACGAACAGCACAGCAUGGCCGGGCGAGCGUCCCGGGAGCAGAGUGACUCUAGCGACUCUGGCCCGCCCAGCCCGGCCUUCUCCCUCAACAGCAACAGCCCCUUCGCCAACGGCCUCCUCCAUUUUGAGUCGUCCCUGUUUGAGGACGACGAUGUCAACCAGGACAUCGACGACGGCGACGACGGUUUUGACGAAGGCCAAGGGGUCGAGGUGCGCGGGCGUUCCCCUGGUACGACGGAGGAGCAGGGACGGUCAAACGAAAUGGCCGUUCCAGAGUCCAACCCCAGGGUGUCGUGUGCCGAUUCCACGGGCGCCCCGGAAGCUCUGAAGCCAGCGGUGCCGCCGGCCAAGGUGGUGACCCGCUCCCAGCGCUCGGGCCAGCGCCGGAGGUACUGGGAGGAGUCGGAGAGCGAGUGGGAGAGUGACAGCGAGUUCUUUGGGUUUGAGAGUACCACCGUUGAGAAUCCAAUGCCAUGCAGUCCAAAGAAGAAAUCAGUCCCCCCCUUAAAGUUCUUGGAGGGUGAGGUUAUUUGGGCCAAGUUCAACCGAAGACCCUGGUGGCCUUCUCAGGUGGUCGUGGACCCCACCAACGGAAUCUAUCACAGGGUCAAAGAGCCCAGUGAUCGCCCCUGUCGACUGUACUACGUGAGGACCUUUGGGAAACCAGUGGAGUAUGCCUGGGUGGAAGGAAGAGCCACUCAUUCAUUCAACGGCGGCUUUCAAUUCGAACAGCUCCCCCUAUUGAGGCGGAGGGGCAGGCAAAGGGAAAACAACUACAAAUAUUCUAUUGCCAAGCGAUACCAGGAGGCCUGGAAGUUCAGUGUGACUGAAGCAGAGGUUUCUUUCCAGGAAAUGUCCAGAAGGGCCUCCUCCCUGAGAGACGAUGCCUUUCAUGAUGUCUCCACAUCUGAAACAAAAAGUACAGUCCAACCGACUCCUGCUCCAGCUUCUGAGGCGUCUAAACCGAGUCACAUGGCCGAUGGAUCUGACUUCUGCCCGGGCAAAACAAAGAAGCCAAGCAUUUUAAGAAAGACUUCUGUUAAAAAUAAAACCAGAAGUUCUACGACCUGCACCAGUAGUAACGACUCCAGAUUCCCACGCGGUAACCAGGAGCCGUCAGAUCGAGUGGCCGGCGAAUGCCCUUACUCCGACCUUGAAUCUGUCCCCAAGAUUUUAUGUCCCACAGCACUUGAGCGCCAGUCCAAACCAGUUCAGUCUGUGCCUUUAGUUACCCAGGCUCUUUCUUCUUCGGUUGUCAAGGAAGUAACCAAAGAGCCCGAGAUUCACAGAGGCCUGUGGUUCAGCAAAGCUGGAAAAGACAGACGACCAAAAACUACAAGUCCCAUACCUGAUCGCACUGUCUUCGGUAAACUGCCCUGUAAGAAGAAGGUCCAAUCUGUAGUCAGUAAAAGGACUCACGUCAACGGUGUCAACCACACUGCGACUGGAGUGGCAGUUUCCCAGCAAUCGUUACAUGACAAAAAUAAGACCAGCCUGUGUGCAGAAACUGGAAUGCCUUCGGACCAGUCAGGGCCUUCAAAUAAGCCUGUAGAAUUGAUCCCUUCCAAAAGUCUGAGUGAUAAUUGUAUUAUAACCGAAAAGCUCACAAAUCAAUGGAAGGACAAACAAAAAAAGAAAUCGGCUGCCCAUUCUCAAAGGACCAAGCUUGAUGGUGUGUGCACCACUAAGCCGUUGGAUCACCUUACCUCUAAAAAAUGUAUCCCAGUCAGCAACAUAAAGGACUGUCUCAAAGACCCACCAGACCAUUCCGAGGCUGAACAUAGACCGUCCUCUAAUGAAACUACUGACGAUUCAGAAAAAUCUGAAAGCAUUGGCAGUAAAAAGGCCCAUACAAUCGGCAAAUUAGCUAAACAAACGCAUACUGUAGAAAAUAAUAAGUCGAAAGUUAUGGAUUUAUCGGAAAGUCCUUUAGUUCAGUCACCAAGCUUAGAGGAGCAAAAUGUUUCAACCUCUAGUGCGAUUCAAUUGGUCAAUCCGGCACAAAAUGAUUUCAUUGAUAACGGCACCCAGCAGCCAUUAGAAAGUAGCGAUUCAAUUUCUAAAUUUGGGUCAAAGGAGUCCUUAAAGGAAAUUCCCGGUGUAGAAUCCAAAAGCAUAUCGGUUAAUAAUUUGGCUAGCAUGGGUGGGACUGUCAAACCUUUUCACAAAACGCGAUGGUCUCAAGAGAGCAGUUUGCAAUUAUCAAGUAAGACUAAUCAAUCAAAAGGCCCGGAAGUAAAAUGGAUGUCCAUGAUCAAUACAAAAAGUACAACAAGCAAAACCACUGACCAGUUAAACAUCGCAGAACUUAAAAAAAUGAAUGCCGUUCAUGGACUCAAUGGCAUGACAUCCCAGCCUUCUCCACAGCAAGCAGAAUCGUCUACCGAAGUUGUGCAAGCAUCUCCUGCAGCACCAGAACCAUGUUCGAUGGAUGUAAGCAAACCUCCAGAAGAACCACUGUCACUUCAAAAUGAAUCCAAAGAGAGUCCAAACGAAUCACCGAACACGAUCGAUGAGCAGCCCGCGCACCUGCCGGCCAGCAACCGCCUGAUGACCAGAGCCCUGAAAGCGUUGCAGGAAACGGAACGGCUAAAGCGGGAAAAAGCUCUGCAGGAACUCGAUUGGAAGAGGAGUUCAGAGCAGUGUAAAAAAACGGAUGGCAACGAAAGGAGAAGUUCAGACAAUUCCUCGGCCUUAACAGGGACCAAGCAAGGCGUCUCCACAAAGCAGAGGUCCACGAAGACGAGGCCUCGGAGCGGGCCUUCCUCCAGCUGCAGCGCCCUCUCGUCCUGCGAGAGCUUUUCCGACCCAAAUGACGUGCAAGUUGAGGUCAAGAGUGAGGAUGAAGACGUCCCCGUGUCCCCCACUCCGCCCAUGGACUUCAUCCCCCUGACCGCGAAGGUAAAAACAAAGAAGGAAAACUGUUCCUCUGACACAUCCUCCUCCUCCUCUUCCUCCUCUUCAACUAAAGCGUCCUUUUCCUUCCUGGAUCAGAUUAAAAACAUAAAGGAGGUGUCCUUACAGUCAGUGACCAACAAGAGCGACGGUAAGCCGGUUUCGUUCAAACCCGACACAAACUAUAAGUUCAGUACUUUUCUCAUGCUGCUGAAAGAUUUGCACGACACCAGGGACCGGGAAGGGGCCCCUCUGGAGCUGGACAUCGGCCCUGCGAGCUCCCACGUGAAGCCGGAGCCCUCGGUGAUCCCCGGGACGUCCGGACAGGAUCCUCAUCGAGGAGCGACCAGUGCCUGCGGAGCUGUGCUCGUCGCAGACGAAGCCAAGACCUCGCAGAAGGACGGUGUGACGAACGGGAGGAGACCCGGCCAGCCCUCCAAAGGCUCCGGCGGGAGGAAGAGAACCGUCAACUCUGCGCGGAGGAAGAAAGCUCCGGCUCCUUAUAGUCCGGCGAGCUCGGGCCCUGGGUUCCCCGGGCAGGAGCUCUCGUCCGGUGGUGACUCGCGUAGCGGGGACGGGCAGGUCCAGACGGAGGGAGGGAAGGGUGGUGUUGUGGUGGAAGAGGGGUGUGGAGCAGUGAAGGAGGGGGAGAGUCGGACCACUGUGCCUUUGGAAGGGAGGGGUUUGGACGCUGCCCGGUUCUCCCCACCAAAGACUAGUUUGCAGCCCCCUAAGGAUCUCCAUGUGGAGGGCGCAACGCUGAACAAUAACUCGUGGGGCGGCAGUGGAGGAGGCCAGGAGACUUCCAAAGUACAAAAACGGAUCAGAAAACCAAGCAAAAGGCUCAUCGAAUGGAACGAGGAUUACGAUCAGAUUUUCUCUACGAGGAAGAAGACCAAAAAACCGCCCCAGCCAGGGGGAAAGAGCCCUCCGCACAUCAGUAGCCAAUCGGAGCCACCAGCGCUAUUGGACGACAGCGGGAUUGGCGGCGCAUCUCAGGCAAUACUUCCUGAAGUCCAGACUCCGCCCCCUGAGGAGACUCCGCCAACACAGCUAGAAGUUCUCGUGCCUGAAGUCUCACCGUCUCAAGAGGCCCCAGUCCUUUCCAUUGAUACCCUAACCCCUCCCCCUGACGCUGACACUAUCCAGGCGGCCGACGGCUCCAUCACAGAGGAAGGUAGUGUUUCACUGUUGAAGAGCAAGAGGAAGAGGAAACCCACUCAGAGGAUUCUACAAUACUGCCUCGAAGCUGAGGCUUCAAUCGGCCCCAAAAAGAAGGUCAAGUCUUUGAGGCAUAUCCCACCAAGUCCUCCGGCUCCUUCUGACUGCGGGGGGCCCUCAUCAGAGUGUGACGAGCGUCCGUCAGUGAUGUCCGGCGACGUCAGGAGUGACCCCUCACCGCUGACCGCCAAGGCCCCGGCGGCCAGCACCGUCGCUCCUUCUCCGACCCCUCCCGCCGUCACCGCUCCACCCCCUGUCGCCAGCCCGUCGUCUCCGGCGCCAGAGGAGGCGUCCGACUGCGCCCUCCCCACCCCCACCCAGCCGGACGGCCCCCACACACACGAGGAUGAAGACGAUGGUGGCAAGGACUGCCUCGGCUUCGAGGGUGGUCAGGGGGAGGAGCCCUGUCCGGACGGCAGCAAUCCCUCCUGUAAGGAGGACUCUCUGCUGUGUGACGAGCACCUGUUCCCCACCAGGAAGCUCAUCGGAGAGCGAGGAGGCCCCGCCUCCAUGAAGGAGAACAUAUGUCAGGUGUGUGAGAAGUCUGGGGAGCUGCUGCUCUGCGAGGGCCAGUGCUGCGGGGCCUUUCACCUGGCCUGCAUCUCGCUGGCCCAGGCCCCCAAGGGGAAGUUCAUCUGCCCAGAGUGCAAAUCAGGGCUCCACACCUGCUUCGUGUGCCGGAAGCGCGGCGAGGAGACGCGACGCUGCAUGAUCCCCGUGUGCGGCAAGUUCUACCACGGCGAGUGCGCCGCCGGCCACGCGCCCACGGUGCCCGUCAACCGGGGCUUCCGCUGCUCGCUCCACGUCUGCCUGACCUGCUUCCUGGCCAACCCCAACAACCCGGCUGGCUCCAAAGGCCGUCUGAUGCGCUGCGUGCGCUGUCCGGUGGCCUACCACGCCACGGACGUGUGCCUGGCGGCGGGCUGCGUGGUCCUCUCCAACAACAGCAUCGUCUGUCCCAACCACUUCAGCGCGCGCCGCGGCGUCAAGAACCACGAGCACGUCAACGUCAGCUGGUGCUUCGUCUGCACCGAGGGGGGCAGUCUGUUAUGCUGCGAGUCCUGCCCCGCCGCCUUCCACCGGGAGUGUCUGAACAUCGACAUGCCCAAAGGAAGCUGGUACUGCAAUGACUGCCGGGCGGGAAAGAAGCCCCACUACAAGGACCUCCUGUGGGUCAAAGUGGGCCGCUACAGGUGGUGGCCGGCCGAGGUGAGCCACCCCAAGAGCAUCCCGGAGAACAUCCAGCGCAUGAAGCACGACGUGGGCGAGUUCCCCGUGCACUUCUUCGGCUCCAACGACUACCUGUGGACCUACCAGGCGCGCGUCUUCCCCUACAUGGACGUGGACGCCAACAGCAAGGAGCGCAUGGGCAAGGGCGUGGACGGCGUCUACAAGAAAGCGCUGGAGGAGGCGGCCGUUCGGUUUCGAGAGCUGCAGGCUGAGCUGGAGCUCCGGCAGCUCCAGGAAGACCGCAGGAACAACAGGAAACCGCCGCCGUUCAAACUCAUCAAGGUGAACCGGCCAAUAGGAAAGGUGCAAAUAAUCGUGGCGGACCUGUCGGAGAUCCCGAGGUGCAACUGUAAGGCGUCGGACGAGAGCCCGUGCGGGACGGACUCGGAGUGUAUCAACCGCAUGCUGCUAUACGAGUGCCACCCCCAGGUGUGCCCUGCAGGGGAACGCUGUCUGAACCAGGCCUUCCUGAAGCGCCAGUACAGCAAGGUGGAGAUCUUCAGGACGCUGUCCCGCGGCUGGGGCCUCCGCUGCGGCCACAUCAUCAAGAAGGGCGACUUUGUGAGCGAGUAUGUCGGGGAGGUGAUCGACGAGGAGGAAUGCAGAUCCAGGAUCAGACAUGCCCAGGAGAACGACAUCUGCAACUUCUACAUGCUGACUCUGGACAAGGACCGGGUCAUCGACGCCGGGCCCAAGGGCAACGAGGCGCGCUUCAUGAACCACAGCUGCCAGCCCAACUGUGAGACCCAGAAGUGGACGGUGGGCGGGGACACGCGCGUGGGGCUGUUCGCCCUCGUGGACAUCCCCGCCGGCAUCGAGCUGACCUUCAACUACAACCUUGAGUGUUUGGGCAACGGGAAGACGGUGUGUAAAUGUGGAGCCGCCAACUGCAGUGGCUUCCUGGGGGUCCGACCCAAGAACAACCCCCGGACGGACGACAAGGGCCGCAGGAUGAAGAAGAACCAGGCCAAGAGGAAGAGCCAAGCCGUGUUGACCAAGGAGCGCGAGGACGAGUGCUUCAGCUGUGGGGACGGGGGCCAGAUGGUGUCCUGCAAGAGAGCGGGCUGCCCUAAGGUGUACCACGCCGACUGCCUCAACCUUACCAAGAGGCCCGCAGGCCGCUGGGAGUGCCCGUGGCACCAGUGCGACAUCUGCACCAAGGAGGCGGCGUCGUUCUGCGAGAUGUGCCCCAGCUCCUACUGCGCCCAGCACCGCGACGGCCUGCUCUUCAUCUCCAAGCUGGACGGCAAGCUGUGCUGCAGCGAGCACGACCCGUGCGGGCCCGACCCGCUGGAGCCCGGGGAGAUCCGGGAGUACACACCCGACGCUGGUGGGGGCCCGGCGUCGGACGUCGCCCCUCCGCUCGCGGUGCCCGAGAUGACCCGCGCCGGCCCCGGGGCCUCCCAGCCCUCGCCCCGCCUCUCCGCGCCGGGGCCCGCCGCCGCCGCCGCCGCCCGUGCCGCUAUGGGCCCCUCGCCGCCGGCCCCGCCCCCUGCGGUGCGGCCCUGCAGCCCGCCUGCGCUGCUCUCCGUCCCGCAGUACUCGCCCAUCUCCUCGUACGAGGAGGAGAGGGACGUGGCGGAGGAGGAGCUCUUGGAGGAGGAGGAGGGGGAGGUGGAGGGGGGAGGAGGGGGAGGAGAUGGAGGAGGAGGAGAUGGACAGAACAGGAAUGUCCAAGCGGAGCCUGGAGGAGAGUUUGAGUAUCUCGACAUCAGUGAGGAGGAGGAGGAGGAGGAGGAGGAGGAGGAGGAAGAAGAGGAAGAAGAGGAGGAAGAAGAAGAAGAAGAAGAGGAGGAAGAGGAAGAAGAAGAAGAGUGAUAUUGCAAAGCAAUGUCUUUCUAGGUACUGCGCUGGAUCUAAAUGCGGACCUAUCACAGCCCACGCGGGAAUCGCCUGUGUCGGAGCAUUUUCGUGGGAGGGGGGGCAACAGACAUGAAUCACUAAGAGCAGAACACUAGUCGGUGGACACUUCUUGCGUCGCGUGUGACACAGUCUGCCUAACGAGAUAGUGGAUCUGUUGAGACCUUUGUGCUUGGGGAGGGGUGGGUUGGGGUGGGAAGGGACUAUGACCUGGACUUGUUGGUGACUUUGCACACACUGACGUCGUUUGCACCUUGAUAUGGAGGAAGAGAGGACGGUUAAGAAAAAUGUGUAUCUAAUAUUUCAAACCUGGACUCAUGAAAAUCGUUAUCAUAGCUCCAUUUAGUUUUAUCGUGUGUGUGUGUGUGUGUGUGUGUGUGUGUGUGUGUGUGUGUGUGUGUGUGUGUGUGUGUGUGUGUGUGUGUGUGUGUGUGUGUGUGUGUGUGUGUGUGUGUGUGUGUGUGUGUGUGUGUGUGUGUCAAAGAAGCUGUCUUGUCACUUUCUGGAUUGUCCUGGUGUUUGCUGUCAAUGACUUUGGUGUCAUUCAUUCAGAGGGCAAGGCCACUUGUGCAAUUGGUUUGUGUCUUUUCAACGUGGCUCAAAAUGACUUCUCCAUUGCCAUGCAGACCCAGCAUGGUCCAUGCUAUGUAGCCGCUACGUAGCUGCUGUUCAUUUGGAGUCCUUGUUAGCGGAUGGGAGCGUGGGGCCUGCAGAGUGCAGUGCUAGUUGGUUAGCAAUGCUAAAUCCAGCAGCUGUUGCGUGGACGUUUGGCUUUGUGUGUGUGUGUGUGUGUGUGUGUGUGUGUGUGUGUGUGUGUGCGUGUGCGCGUGUGUGUGUGUGUGUGUGUGUGCGUGUGUGAGUGAAAGUAUUGUUAUGCUCCUUUCUAGACUUUAGCGCUGAUGACCCCUAAACCUGCUGCUAUGCACAAUAGCUAUCUCCCCACUGGCAGAUCAAUGGACCAUGUCUGACCAACACGCUAUGCUCAGCCACCAUAGCGUUUACUUCUCCUCCAUUUUAUCUCCCACCUGCCCCAACCUGUAACCCAAACGACACCAUGGCAACCUACAGCUUAGCUACAGACACAGGUGUUGUUCCUCCGGCUGUGUGAAUAUUUACCUUGAGUGUCAUCGUAGUGACGUUACCCUGACAUUUUUAAAUGGACAUUCAACCGUGUGCUUGUGCGAUUUCAAACGGCCGCCAAAUGAAUUGGUAUUCUGUUGAUUUAUUUAAGUGUAAAAGAGCAUUUAAAUUUGUAGUGGCUCCUCCCUUGUACACAUUAGGAAGAUAAUGCUGAUGUUCCAUCCCCAUCGUUUUCUUGUGCCCCCCGUUGGUUUUCCUGGACAGCAAUCCAUCCCUGUUUUAAUCUUUCUACAAUGAGGAAAAUAUGACACCCUUUCCACCACUUCCACCUGGCACUGCUGACGUUAGCCGUUAGCUUUAGCCUACCGCUCCCAUUGUUCCAUGCACACCCCAGUCAGUGUCCAUCAGAGACACUAAACAUUUAAAACAGUAUAUCUUGUAUAAUAUAGACGUAUUAUCUCUAAUUUGCCUUAAUUCUAAUCAAACAAUAUAGUAUUGUUUAUAAUGAGAUUCUUAUUAUUGAGGCCGCAUAUUCAAGAAAUAUGUAGAGCACUUAAUGGUGGCGACUUAAGUUGUAUAUCUAUUGGAUUGACCAUUGAAAAAUGCAAUUGUUGCAGUGGAUCACAUUUGGUUUUGUUUGUUUGUUGACAAGAGGCAUGCUGUUGUAUUUGAUGAGAGUCUGAAUACAUUCUUGAUAUUUAUUUCCCCAGCAAGUGUCUAAUGGGCUUAUUUCUAUAGGACUGCUCACAGGAGAGAACGGGAGACAUAAUAUAAGUAAUAAUUUUUGUCUCUGUAACCAGUCCAGUUGUCUGUUUGGGUCAGGGACAUUUCACUGCUGUGACUCUGGGCUGUCGUGCUAAAUGGUCAAUGUGUUUGGUCUCCAUGAAGCAUAGAUAUGUCUUUCACGUCGUUUUGGUUUAUUUGUUAUCUUUUAUUUUCCCUUGACUGGUCAGUGUUGUGACUGAGUGAGCCAGCUUGUAUUAAUCCAAUUAUUGUACUUUGUUUUAUGAAGAUGAAAUGGAGAACCCAGUGUCUGGGCUCUUUGACCGAAAAGUGCUCCACUCACCGUUUUAGUAAAGUGUAACGGAAGGAAAUUACUAAAUCAUGGAAUUCCCUCCUGGUGUCUGGUGGAUCACAAAUCCAUCAUGAAUGAAUAAGGAAUCAAGAGAUAAACACAGUAGAGGUACAUUUCUUUAUUUCGACAGUUUGACCUACUUCUCAAUUAAAAAAUACCCCAUGAUAAGUCAUGGUUUCUCAAUCACAAGAAACAGUAAUCGUUUGAGUCAGUUGGUACCAUUAGUUUUGUUGAACACCUUGAAGAGUUUAGUGAACAUUUUUUGCACGAAAAGAUGCAUAUGAAAAUAAUGCGCAUUAUGUUUGCUUGGAUUAGACACAAAUCAGUAAAUCCAUCUCUACAUGGCUCUGAGUAAAUCUUUAUAGAGUGGUACAAAUUGAUGAUGGAGGUAUGAUGAUGUAAAUCAUGGCAAUGUUGCCAUGGUAGCGAUGGUCUACGUAUCCUAGAGCGACAGUUCUGCACCAUGGUGGUUCUCAUAGCUGAAUCAUUGGGAGCAAUAAUGGGUACAUCGUGUUAUUGUGCAUAAUUUCUUAGUACAGUUAGACUAUGAAACAGCAUCAUUAGAACAAUCCUCCCUGAUCAUAAAAAAAACUGGAAAACCUCGACGACAGCUCCGGUUGUUUUGCCCCUUUCCUCACAAGAUGCUGCAAACGGCUGCCAUUGACUACACAACCUAAGGUCGGCAUGGUGUCCCGCUUAGCCUCUUGGUAUUAAUGAUCAUGUUCCCUGUAGCAGUGGGCUCUUUUAUACCGAACCAUAAAAGGCGGAGCACUGCAGUCUCGCUAACGGCCCUGAAGGGUCUAAAGGUCUCUGGUUACAGCGUGUUCUCUUUUUCGGUCUCUCCUCUUUCUUUGUGAAGUGGCUGGUCCUCUAAAGGGUCUGCGAAUUUUUUUACCAGUUCUGAUUUCUUUCGAGGCAACAAGAAAGAAAUGGCUGGUGACGAAACUACAUUGUCUGAUAAUUACUUCUUUUUUUUUUAUUACUCAAGUCGAUUAGUGAUGAUGGGUGUGGAUACUAAACCUGACGUACUCCUGCAUCCGGUGUUUAAAAUACUACGAUAACGAUGUCGGCCUGUGCUCACACAUGGAGAGGAAGUCCACUCAGUUCCCCGUGCUGCGAAAGAGCCAGGUGCAUAAUCCUAGCACCGUGUAGACCGCAAGCCAUUUCAUCAGAAAUCUGACGUCACUGUUUCCCCAUCUCAAACAGCUUUUUUAAACUGAAGUUUAUUUUUGAUAAUUGACAUUCCAAGAGUAUCACAGCUCAACGUAUGCAUCAUUUGUAACAUUUUUUCCUUUUGUUUGGCAAUUUUAGUUUUAUGAUUUGGACUUUGGAAUUUGGCAAAUAUCCUUAAAUGCAUAACAAAUCCA